CCGCCCCCAGGACGCAGAGAAAGCGCCGCGAUAUUUCCGGCGGGACUGAGACUCCCGCCCCCACGGCUUGUGUGCUUUCCUUGGCCUGUGCAGACCUUCUAGAAGGAGGUGCAGGCCUGGUGCAACCUUCUGUCUGGACAGAGUGAAAGGGCACAAUGCAGAAGGACUCUGGCCCACUAGUGCCUUUACAUUGGAUUGGCUUUGGCUAUGCAGCACUGGUUGCUUCCGGUGGGAUCAUUGGCUAUGCAAAAGCAGGUAGUGUCCCGUCCCUGGCUGCUGGGCUCUUCUUCGGUGGUUUAGCGGGCCUGGGUGCCUAUCAGCUGUCUCAGGAUCCAAGGAACAUUUGGGUUUUCUUAGCUACAUCUGGAACCUUGGCUGGCAUCAUGGGAAUGAGAUUCUACCACUCUGGAAAGUUUAUGCCUGCAGGCUUAAUUGCGGGUGCCAGUUUGCUGAUGGUCGCCAAACUUGGAAUUAGUGUGUUGGGUAAACCCCAUCAGUAGUAGUCAUGGCCCAGCUUGGACUUGAAGAAUGUUUAAACUUCCACUAUUUUUAGUGUCUUAAGAUAAAUAAGUACAGCAUUUUCACUUAUUCUGACAUUUUACUUAAACAAAAAAAAUACUGAACUUUGCAGAGAAAAAAAAUCAGUCAUUAUUGUUAUGACGGUAAGAGUUGGACAGAGUAUAACAUGAGAGCUGCUUGUCAUUAGUACCUUCAUACAGUUUGGUUCUUGUAUGGUGGUGAUCUCUCUUCUUCCUGUGUCUGUGCAUAAAGUCUCUGGGGGUAAAAUGUUAGGUAUCACCGUUGGGGCCCCUGAAACCUAUUCAGAGGAACAGUAUGAAAAACAUCUCUGAAUGAGAUUUAGCACAUUUGUUCUUUUGCUCAUCUUAGGGCCACAGACCUACUUUGAAAUUAUGUUAAAUGAAAUCAAUGAAAAUAAAUUUUACUGUAAGUAA